AUAAAGCACGGGUUUCUUAGCAAGCGAAAGCAUUAAGCUGUUUUACGGACUAUCUAUUUCAUAGUCCAUAAAAUUCUAUUUCUCAUCACCAAAUGACGCCGUUGGCUUUGGCUGCUUUUACAUUGCUUUCGCUGGCUGCUGGCCAGAGCAAUUUCAACGAGCAGAUUGCGGGAGGAAUGGGUUCUGGUUUCGAACAGAAACAACGAGGACCGAAUGCUGGCCCAUUUGUAACAACAACUACCGUGACGACUGUUCUCGAUUUUGGUCCUGCAAGCUCUAGGAUGUCAAGAUCUCAUGGCACUGAAUGGAACCAUCAUUUUGGCGAUAGAAAAUCGUACAAAAAUUUUGCCCAACGAGAUAUCGAUGUGAUUUUAAAUACUUGGGACAUCUUAAAGAGACGUGGUAAUUUUGCUCCAAAACUAUUUUUGAGAUAUUUUAAAGCAAAACCCGAAUCUCAAAAAUUGUUCCCGAGCUUUGCCAACGUUCCUCUUUCAGAACUUCCUGCCAAUCGUGAUUUUCUGAACGCGGCCUACAGCUGCAUUAAUAGUCUCAAUUUUCUCAUUCCAUACCUGAAAUACGAUCACCCCGAACGUUGCCCUAACUUUCCCCGGCAUUUGAAGAACAAGUACAACAAUGUUGAUAUUAAGAAAUUUGGAUCUAUUUGGAUGACGGCCAUACAAGAAGAGAUGGGCAACGCUUUCACUGAUGAAGUUCGUGACGUGUGGAAGAAGUCUGUCAUGGCAGUGAUUGACUUUGUCUCCAAAUAAAUGAUUUGCAAGCCUA